AUGGCAAUGGAGUUGCAGACAAUAAAGGACAUGAUCGAAGACAACUACACCAACAGUGUGAUCCCAUUGCACAAUGUCACAAGUGACAUUCUUGAACUUGUCAUCGAGGACUGCAAGAAGCAUGUGGAGGCUGCUGAGUCCGAGUCUGAACCUUCUUGUUCUUUGGCUUCCAAGCUCAUCGACAAUCCACUCAAGGCCUGGGAUGUCAAGUUCAUCAAGGUCCACCAAGAAACACUCUUCAACCUAAUUCUGACUGUCUUACUUGGUGGAUGGGUGAACUAUUUUUCAAAUUUUUCAGGCGGCCAACUAUCUGGAUAUCUAGGGGCUGUUGGAUUUGACCUGCCAAGCAGUGGCAGAUAUGAUGGAGGGAAACACUAUAGAUCAGAUACAUAA